CUAUUGGCAAAGUUAACUGUUUUUGGCGCGCAUUUCAAUCUGUUGGCCACAUGCAGAAGUAGACACACGUUGUUGUUGCCGCAGCUAAUUGUAAAGCGCAUUUGAGAAAUUCAUACGACAAGUGACAGUUUUUUCUUUUAUUUAUUGAGUGAACUAUAGUUUUUUUUUUAACAUUUUGUUUACGUGAUUUUGUUUGUGUUUGUGUUUAGAGCGUGUGUUGGGUGUUUACUUCAAACUUUGCACACAACACAACAUGUAAAUCCUUAUCAAUGGCGUCGAGCAGCAGGCCCAAAUACCGUUACAAAUCCCCUGGCGCUGCCGGCACGCAACUCCAUUGGCUGCACUGCCUCCUGCGGCUCUGCUUGUUUACCCAAGUUGUUAAGCUGGGAGCACGCGCCGAGGAGGCCAGCACUUCGACUGGCAUCUCUGAAGAGUGGGGCUCCGGCUGGAAGGGCGGCACCAACUUUCUCGUAGAGGUCGAGCAAACAGCUGCCAUGUCACCAAAUGCUGCACGUGGCAGCAGCAACACAUCCGAUGAAUACAUCUCCGAAAUAACCAGCAGCCAGGAGGAGGAGCCCCCCGGGGCCACCGUUGCCACAAAUGGCACAAAGCCCGAAACGGGUCCGAAGAUCAUAGUGCGCACCGAGGAGGUGCUCAUUGUUGGGCUCGUGCUCAUCCUGUGGGUGGGCGCCAUCAUGCUCUUCUUCAAUCGCUGGGGCAAGAUACGCAUGCUGGAGCCCUAUCAGCCCAAGUUCCAGCAACAGCAUCGCAGCUCCUGUCCCCUGGUCGAUAUAGAUGCGGUCCAAACGCAUCAGCGCGCCUCCGUAUCCCGCAUGUCGAUGGGCAUGGUGCACAAUCAUAAUCUGAAUAUGCCAACGUGUCAAUUCGCGGCCUAUAACCCGAGCCUCUAUGCAAAGGGCUACGCCUCGCAUGUCUCGCACGUGGCUCGUCCGCGCCAGAAUUCGGUAUUUGUUGGAGCCAGUACGAGUCACUAUUUGAUGCCGAGGCCGCCGAGGAAGACCCGCUCCGCCAUGGAUCUGCACUCGAUGGUGCUGGACGAGAGCGCCGAGCAGGUGUAGAUACCGGCAGGAGAGAGCGAGAGAAAGAGAGAGAGAGGACAAAUGUUAAGGCUAAUGUAAGCGUAUGUGAGUGGGUGUGUGUAUUUGUAUUGGGGGCGUGUGUGAGAGAGCACAGCUAAGUAUGUGUAGGUCAGAGAGUAAGUAAAUAAGAGUAUGUAUCAAUAGAGAGCAGAGCAUAAUAGAGAAGAGAAGACAUAGAAACAGUUGAAGUUGUCCAAUUGCAACAACUACUAUUGACAACGUGUUCUUAAACUCAUACUAAACGCGACACCUCUUUCUCUCUCUUACUCAGUCUGUCUCUCUCUCUCUCUCUCUCUCUCUC